GACUGAUGGUGACUCGAUGUUGUCGCUAGCAAAUCUCGCGACCAGUCAUCAAAAGUAAACUCCGCCUCGACGUAAGAGACCGGUGGUGAGCGUUCCUCAGCUAGGGUUCGGCUUGAUGAGGGCUGCGGGAUUCAGCAGAAGACAUUCCUGCCUAUUUGUACGAGAUUUAGAUGAUCUACCAUAGUUUGUUUUCAGAUCAUUUGAAGAAGGUUCGUUCCUGGAGUCUAGCAGCGUGGCAAAUCAAUGUGAAGACAGGUAAAUUAGCUACUAGCAAACGUUGGCUCUCUAGGUAAGCUAACGUUAGCUACCUCGCAUUUUCAGCUAGCCAGCCUGGUAGUGAGAUGGCUAACUAAUUAACUAGCUACAGCCAGUAUUAUUUGUUUACACGAUUAGCUACCAGCUGUUAGUUAAUAUUAGCUGAUAUGUAGUUAAAUGACAAUGGUAAAUGGCAAGCUGUCUGUUUACAUAGCUAUCUAACGCGUUAGCUACGCUAGUCAAGGAUCCGCAAAGCGCAAACUAUGUCACACAUAACUAGCCAGGUAGUUAAAAACAUUAACGUAGCUUGCAAAGCAGCUGGCGUGUAACGUUAGCUACUGGCGCACUAGUGGCUAGUUCGCCUUUCCAGCAAACUGUCGCAUCUUUUAGCAGUAUGAUGGUUAAAUGUGGGUGGGAGAGUCGUGGGACAUUCUGCACAGGCCAGCCAGCUACAAUGUGUUGCGGCAGUGAUGCCCUUGCUCUGGUUUUUCACCAUCACCUCCAGUGAUUUAGUCACAGGUGUGUGUGUGCGCAGCUAAUGCGGUAUGUUGGUAUAAAGAAGUUGUCUUAUUAGGUAACUAGCAGGCACGAUAUUUCGUCAGAAAAUGACACAGAACUCCGGAUGUCCUGGUGUGGUCUGUCCUCAGGUUAUCCUCAGGUCGAAUUUUGUCAUUGGCAUCACAGUGAGGGGUAAUGCUCAGACAGCUCAGCAGUACUUCAGUUCACAUAGAGCCUUGAUAGUACUGAGUCAGCACGUACGUCCCAAAUGGCAUCCUAUUCCCAAUGUAGUGCACUAUUUUUGACCAGAGUCCACAGAGCUCUGGACAAAAGUAGUGCACUAUAUAGGGAAUGAGGUGCCAUUUGGGAUGUGGACAAACACUGCUCUGCUGCAUACAGUAUUUUGCCAUGUGGUGAUUGCGUGCUCUGGACGCAUGAGUGGAUAUCUGACACACAGAACAACCUAUUUCUGUUCUCAUGGAUCGCUUGUUUUGUUUUCUGGAAGAUUUUCCGUGUAGGCUAAUGUUUCCAAUAUUUACACUACCAGAAAAUUAGGCUAGUGGUUGGAUUGACAUUAGGUACUGUAGAUAGUGCAUGUACAGUGCCUUCAGAAAGUAUUCACACCCCUUGACUUUUUCCACAUUUUGUUGUUACAGCCUGAAUUUAAAAUGGAUUAAAUUGAGAUGUUGUGGCACUGGCAUACACACAUAAUGGCAGUCGAAUUCUGUUUUUUAAAAGCUGAAAUGUCUUGAGUCAGUUUUCAACCCCUUUGUUAUGACAAGCCUAAAUAAGUUCAGGAGUAAAAAUGUACUUAACAAGUCACAUAAGUUGCAUGGACUCACUUUGUGUUCAAUAGUAGUGUUUAACAUGCUUUUUGAAUGACUUCCUCAUCUCUGUACCCCACACAUGCAAUUAUCUGUAAGGUCCCUCAGUCAAGCAGUGAAUUUCAAUCACUGAUUCAACCACAAAGACCAGGGAGGUUUUCCAAUGCCUUGCAAAGAAGGGCACGUAUUGGUAGAUGGGUAAAAAAACAAAAAACAGACAUUAAAUAUCCCUUUGAGCAUGGUGAAGUUAUUAAUUACACUUUGGAUGGUGUAUCAAUACACCCAUCCACUACAAAGAUACAGGCGUCCUUCCUAACUCAGUUGCCGGAGAGGAAGGAAACCGCUCAGGGAUUUCACCAUGAGACCAAUAGUGACUUUAAAACAGUUACUGAGUUUAAUGGCUGUGAUAGGAGAAAACUGAGGAUGGAUCAACGACAUUGUAUUUACUCCACAAUACCAACCUAAUUGACAGAGUGAAAAGAAGGAAGCCUGUACGGAAUAAAACAUCUUCCAAAACAUGCAUCCUGUUUACAACAAGGCACUAAAGUAAUACUGCAAAAAAUGUGGCAAAGCAAUUCACUUUUUGUCCUGAAUACAAAGUGUUGUUUUUGGGGCAAAUCCAAUAUGACACAUUACUGAGUACCACACUCCAUAUUUUCAAGCAUAGUACCGUAGUGGCUGCAUUAUGUUAUGGGUAUGCUUGUCAUCGACAAGGACUAGGGAGUUUUUUUUUAUAGAAUAAAUAGAAAUGGAAUGGAGCUAAGCACAGGCAAAAUCCUAGAGGAAAACUUAGUUCAAUCUGCUUUCUAACAGACACUGGGUGACAAAUUCACCUUUCAGCAGGACAUUAACCUAAAACACAAGGCCAAAUAUACACUGGAGUUGCUUACCACGACAUCAUUGAAUGUUCCUGAGUGGCCUAGUUACAGUUUUGACUUAAAUUGGCUUGAAAAUCUAUGGCAAGACUUGAAAAUGGCUGUCUAGCAAUGAUCAACAACCAACUUGACAGAACUUUAAGAAUUUAAAAAAGAAUGUGCAAGUAUUGUACAAUCCAGGUGUGCAAAGCUCUUAGAGACUUACCCAGAAAGACUCACAGCUGUAAUCGCUGCCAAAGGGGAUUCUAACAUGUAUUGACUCAGGGGGGUGAAUACGUAUGUAAAUGAGAUAUUUCAUUAUCAAUAAAUGUGCAAAAAUUUGUAAGAACAUGUUUUGACUUUGUCAUUAUGGGAUACUGUGUGUGUAGAUGGGUGAAAAAUAAUGUUAUCCAUUUUGAAUUCAGGCUGUAACGUAACAAAAUGUGGAAUAAGUCAAGGGGGUAUGAAUACUUUUUGAAGGCACUGUAUGCAGCUAACAAAGCCGCAUACAGUAUCUCUAUUCAAUCUUUACUGAAAUAUACAGUGUUACAGUAUUCAAUCUCUACUGAAAUGUACAGCGUUACAGUAUACCAUGUUCUAUCUCUACUGAAAUGUACUGUUACAGUAUACAGUAGUCUAGCUCUACUUAAAUGUACAGCGUUACAGUAUACAGUAGUCUAGCUCUACUGAAAUGUACAGCGUUACAGUAUACAGUAGUCUAUCUCUACUGAAAUAUACAGCGUUACAGUUAUCUCUACUGAAAUAUACAGCGUUACAGUAUACACUAUUCUAUCUCUACUGAAACCUUGCUCCUGUAUGUUUACUGAAUGUGCCACCAUUUGCUCACAGUCGUACCUCUUCUUCUUCUUCUUCCCUUUCUGCCCACAGCAUGCGGUGACGGUGAGGCAGCCCCAGCCUGAGUCUGUAAGAUGAAGAGCCCGGUGCACAGGUGUGUUUGUGUGACUGCAGGGCCUGAGUGCAUGUGGGUCUUUCUAGAAACUAGUGUACCAGUGAGGAUUUCCUACACUGGACAACUUGUUACAGCUGUUGAUCAGUCAUUGAUAAUAAUCUGCCAAUUGUUUUCAUGUCGUUACAUUAAGAUAUAAGUGGGAAUCAUAGCUAUAUUCAAUAAAAUGAAUGAGUUGGUUAACCCUUUAUCAUGGUUGUUGUCUUGAUGGAUUUGUCCAAAAUUGUGUGACAUAAAACAUUACUUUUCUGUCCUUGCAUUUAUGGCAGUGCAAGUUGUUGUUAUAACAUAUAUUAAGUAUUAAUCAGUUAAAUUAGACAUUGAACUUGAACCCUGUAAGAAUCCUGGAUCUAGCUGUUGGACUUUUUUUUUUUGUAUAGUGAUCUCAGAAAUGCGGUGUAAAUAAGUAACAUUUAGUGUCUCCUUGUGUUACGGGGUGAAAACAGUUUUCAUGGGCACACAAAUCCAAAAUUAUGUAUGCGAUUGCAAAAUCGAAUGCUUCUAACCGAAAGAGUCACCUUACCUUCAUACUUAAAACCUAAAUCGAUACUGUCAUUAAGUUGGUUCUUCAAUAAUUAUGCAUAGUACUUGUUACUGGUUAGUUAUGCCUGAUAUUUUCACACGUCAUCUGAUCCAGGAAGGAAUUUUCCGAAUGUCCAGUCAAGUGAUGAAUAGCUGUUGUGAUAGCACAUGCGAUGCAACAACAGCCCAAGUGUUGGAAAAAAAGGUGUUCAUGAGGAAUGUGAAGAAUAUUUGGUGUCUCAUUCGUUACACCGGUGAAGAGUUGUGCCUGGAUCCACAUUAGAUCUAAUAUCCCUAGUGAAUUAAUCAUCUGUUGUCUGCUUGAUUUAGAGCAGGGUCUCGUUAGAUUUAACAGAGAAAGCGUUAAGGUAAUGAGUUCAUGUUUUCAUAUGUUUUUGUGCCUCGGAUUGGACACAGUCUACUGUGCGCAAUUGUGUAGGAUAGACUAUUGUGCAACACCCAACACUAUUCCUAUGAAUUAUUCUGGAUAUUCACAUGACAUAGCCUAGUGAGCUUCUUCACAAUAUGAUCUGGUAAUGAAAUAACAUGAAAUACAUUUUGGUUUCCAUGUUACACCUGCAAUUUUAAACAAUACUAGGGGCUUGAAGUAGCCUACUUCAACUUGGAGCUCAGAAAUUCGAUUUAUGGAAUAGGCCUUGCCUUUAAAAUCAGACAUUUCCUCAAUUUUGUGCUUGAAAAGUCCUUGUAAUUAUUGUAGCCAAUUUUAUAAGCUGAUUUCAUUUUUGAUCAGUUUUUGUGUGAGAUGUGGCCACUUUGUUUCCCACCGCUUCAAUGGAAGGGUGUUGCGGUAAAACCAUGUGGUUAUUAUAAGGACCACAACAUCUGUUGGCUUCAGCUUGGCUUUCCAUACAAAUCUUUCCAUUUAAAAAAGGAACCCGUUUUUUUGGUCACUUUCUAAUGGUUAAAAACAGCGAUGGUGAGAUUCAAAUGGUGAGAUUAAUGGUACCGCUAUUCAUGGCUUUAUUAUGUGUGGCUGCGUCGGCCAACACAGACUACAGAAAAAUCACCAUGCAGCCAGUCUAUUUAGUCAGGCAUUGUCCACCUUAUUCUCACUUAAAUUAUAAAAUAUUAACACAAAACAAUUCAUUAUUCUUAGUGGUAAUGGCCAACUUAAAAAAAAAUCUAUAUUAGGCCCUAUAUGUACAAUUAUGUAAGUUAUACAAUUGUAUAACAUUGAGGUCCUUGAAAAUUACAAUGAAGUGCUUUAAGAAGUCCUUGAAUUUGACUUGCUGAUGUCUGUAUGAACCCUGCUUAAAGGAUGUAUAGUCCUAGAGCUAUGUUGUUGUGUAUGUGGAGUUAUGGGAUGAUUAGCAUAUGAACUUUUAUUCCUCUAAGUACACAUGUGGAACUGCAAUAAAACCCUUUUUAUUUUAGUUUCAAACCAUUUAGACAUUUUAAUCCCAAGGCCACACAUUGGCCCCAUUACUUCUAGAAAGACCCAUCUAUUUGGUACAGCAGAAGACAUUUCCAUCUGGUAUGAGUUAAUAACAUGUUCUUCUUCAGGUGUAGGGACGUGGAGAGGCAGGCUCCCUGCCUGCAGACUGAGCAGCAGUGUGUCCCUGUCUCCCAGCACACCUCCAGCAGCAUGUGGUUUAUCAGGUAGUUAUAUUUACAUUUUAGCAGAUGCUCUUAUCCAGAGCGAUUUAUAGUAGUGAGUACAUACUUUUUCAUACUGGUCCCCCGUGGGACUCAAACCCACAACCCUGGUGUUGCAAGCGGCUUGCUCUACCAACUGAGCCACACGGGAACCAAAGGUGUCCAUGUGGUUCGAACGCGCAAUGUUUUGGGUUGCUAGACCUUCGCGUUAGCAUGCAUUGAAUGGGUAGAAAAAUCUGUUAGGGGUUGCACAAUUCUGGUAACUUUCCCAAAAUUGCCAAGUUUUCCAGAAAUCCCGGUUGGAGGAUUCCUGAAUUUCCUGCUUAUUUCAACCUAAUUCCAGGAAUCUUCCAGAAAACCUGGGAAUUUUGGCUAUUUAAAAAAUAUAUAUACAGUGGUGUUUGCCCCCUUCCUAUAUAAAAAGUGUUUGCCCCCUUCCUGAUUUCUUAUUUGUUUGCAUGUUUGUCACACUUAAAUGUUUCAGAUCAUCAAACAAAAAGAUAACACAAGUAAACACAAAAUGCAGUUUUGAAAUGAAGGUUGUUAUUAUUAAGGGAAAACGAAAUCCAAACCCACAUGGAACAUAGGAUUCAGGUCAGGAAUUUGACUAGGCCACUCCAAAAUCUUACAUUUUACAUUUACAUUUUAGUCAUUUAGCAGACGCUCCUAUCCAGAGCGACUUACAGUUAGUGAAUACAUAUAAUUUUUUUAUACUGGCCCCCCGUGGGAAUCGAACCCACAACCCUGGCGUUGCAAACGCCAUGCUCUAUCAACUGAGCUACAUCCCUGCCGGCCAUUCCCUACCCUGGACGACGCUGGGCCAAUUGUGCGCCGCCCAUGAGUCUCCCGGUCGCGGCCGGCUGCGACAGAGCCUGGAUUCGAACCAGGAUCUCUAGUGGCACAGUUAGCACUGCGAUGCAGUGCCGUAGACCACUGCGCCACUCAGGAGUGGCGCAGUGGUUCAUCUGUUGGUGUUCUAUCUUCAUUUUGUUUUUCUUCAGCCAUUCAGAGGUGGACUUGCUGAUGUGUUUUGGAUCAUUGUCCUGCUGCAGAACCCAAGUUCGCUUCAGCUUGAGGUCACGAACAAAUGGCCGGACAUUCUCCUUCAGAAUUUUUUGGUAGACAGCCAAAUUCAUGGUUCCAUUUAUCACAGCAAGUCUUCCAGGUCCUGAAGCAGCAAAACAAGCCCAGACCAUCACACUACCACCACCAUAUUUUACUGUUGGUAUGAUGUUCUUUUUCUGAAAUGCGGUGUUACUUUUACGCCAGAUGUAAUGGGACACACACCUUCCAAAAAGGUGUAUUUUCCCAAAGGUCUUGGGGAUCAUCAAGAUGUUUUCUGGCAAAAAUGAGACGAGCCUUAAUGUUAUUUUUGCUCAGCGGUGGUUUUCGUCUUGGAACUCUGCCAUGCAGGCCAUUUUUGCCCAGUCUCUUUCUUAUGGUGGAGUCAUGAACACUGACCUUAACUGAGGCAAGUGAGGCCUGCAGCUCUUUGGAUGUUGUUGUGGGGUCUUUUGUGACCUCUUGGAUGAGUCGUCGCUGCGCUCUUGGGGUAAUUUUGGUCGGCCGGCCACUCCUGGGAAGGUUCACCACUGUUCCAUGUUUUUGCCAUUUGUGGAUAACGGCUCUCACUGUGGUUCGCUGGAGUCCCAAAGCUUUAGAAAUGGUUUUAUAACAUUUUCCAGACUGAUGGAUCUCAAUUACUUUCUUUCUCAUUUGUUCCUGAAUUUCUUUGGAUCUCGGCAUGAUGUCUAGAUUUUGAGGAUCUUUUGGUCUACUUCACUUUGUCAGGCAGGUCCUAUUUAAGAUAUUCCUUGAUUGAGAACAGGUGUGGCAGUAAUCAGGCCUGGGUGUGGCUAGAGGAAUUGAACUCAGGUGUGAUAAACCACAGUUGAGUUGUGUUAUAACAGGGGGGGGCAAACACUUUUUCACACAGGGCCAUGUGGGUUUGGAUUUUGUUUUUCCUUAAUAAUAAUAACAACCUUCAUUUCAAAACUGCAUUUUGUGUUUACUUGUGUUAUCUUUGACUAAUAUUUAAAUUAGUUUGAUGAUCUGAAACAUUUAAGUGUGACAAACAUGCAAACAAAUAACAAAUCAGCAAGGGGGCAAACACUUUUUCACACCACUGUAUAUCAUUUUUCAACCCUAAGCCUUUGUAAUGGGAGGUCAUGGUAGAUCACUGGAUUACUGACCUGGUCUAGUCUAGGUGAUUGUGUAUAGACCUACACUGUCUGUAUUUUCCAGUUGUAUUGAAUGUGAAGUGCCUUUUGAAGUGCUCAGUGCACAGAACAUCUUGCCCAGGCUGUCUAUUCUAUCUGCCCACCUAGUGAUAACGAGCACCACAGUGGAAAUGAGUCAGCUGACUUCAUUAAAGAUAAUUAAGUAUGUAUUUGAAUGUAUGCAUUUUUUAAAACUCAAAUAGCUGAGGCAACACUGUGUUUUUGAAAUGUGUCUUAAUACAAUUAUUUCAUCCAUUCAUUCAGGGACGCGUGUGGCAUCGUGUGUGGGUUCAUCACUUGGAUGUUGGUGUUCUAUGCUGAAUUUGUAGUGCUCUUCGUCAUGCUGUUGCCUUCUAAAAACCUGACCUAUAGCUUAGUCAACGGGACUGUGUUCAAUACUCUGGCCUUCCUGGCUCUCGCCUCUCACUUCAGGGCCAUGUGCACCGACCCUGUGAGUUGAAACUGAACACACUUUACACUGCUCUGACUGUACACUUUACACACGGCACAGCUCCCUAAACUUAGACUCGGGGCUCUGUAAACUUAGACUCGGGGCUCUGUAAACUUAGACUCGGGGCUCUGUAAACUUAGACUCGGGGCUCUGUAAACUUAGACUCGGGGCUCUGUAAACUUAGACUCGGGGCUCUGUAAACUUAGACUCGGGGCUCUGUAAACUUAGACUCGGGGCUCUGUAAACUUAGACUCGAGGCUCUGUAAACUUAGACUCUGGGCUCUGUAAACUAGACACACUGGUGUUAUCUGGGUUGUAUUCAGUUAGGCACCACACCGUACAUAGCACAAAGUUUUGAAACAGUAAAAGGAAAAGGAGCGUUUUGUUAUUGUUGUGUGCCUAACUGAACACGACCUUACUCACAUAUCAAGUUGUUAUUGUCAAGUGCACUAGUACUGUGAAAUGCAUUUCUUGCUGGCUCUAUCCCAACAAUGCAGUAGUACUAUCAAGUAAAAAGUCUACAACAAAAACACAUGAGAAAUAGAAAUAAGAUGAACACGAGAAAGUAAGUAAGUAAGAUAUAUGCAGGAUCAGUUCCAGGGUCAGUGCCAAUACCAUAUUUACAAUGGGCGUGCUCGGCCCUCUGUUUACUGUAGUCCACGAUCAGCUCCUUUGUCUUACUGACGUUGAGGGAGAGGUUGUUGUCCUGGCACCACACUGCCAGGUCUCUGACCUCCUCCCUAUAGGCUGUCUCAUCGUUGUCUGUGAUCAGGCCUAUCACCGUCAUGUCUUCAGCAAACUUAAUGAUGGUGUUGGAGUCGUGGGUGGCCACACAGUUGUGGGUGAACAGGGAGUACAGGAGGGGACUAAGCACACCCCCCUGUGGGGCCCCCGUGUUGAAGGUCAGCGUGGCGGAGGUAAUUUUGCCUCACCACCUGGGGUCGGCCAGUCAGGAAGUACAGGAUACCCGAAGGCCUUACGAGUGUUGACUUGAGUGUUGUCCCGUGGGUCGGCGGGGGCCCUUGUGCACGGCUCUGUGUUGUUUUUGUCUAAGCGUGCCUAAAUGCAUUGAGUUCGUCUGGUAGAGAGGCCAUCAUUUGGCAGAUCCCCGCUGGGUGUUCUUUUGUAAUCCGUAAUGGACUGUAGCCCCUGCCACAUGUGUAAUAGAAUUCCACCUUGUUUCUAGAUUGUCCUUUCCUUGUUAGAAGGCUCUGUGGAGGUCGUAGCAGGACUUCUUCUACUUGUUCGUGUCCUCAGCCUUAGCUUCGGUGUUAAUCCAGGAUUUUUGAUUGGGGAAGCAGCAAACCUUCACUGUGGGGACAAUGUUGGCGAUGCAUUACCUAUUAAAGCCGGUGCCAGAGGUGGUUAGCUCGUCGACGCUAUCGGCGGAGUCCCGGAACAUAUUCCAGUCAGUGCUAGCAAAGCAGUCUUGUAGCAUAGCCUCCGAAACGGAGGACCGUUUCUCAAUGGAGCGAGUUACGGGUACUUCCUGUUUGAGCUUCUGCUUCUAAAUAAGAAGCAGGAGUGUAGAGUCAUGAUCUGAUUUGUUGAAGGGGGAACGAAGGAGGGCCUUGUAUGUUUGCUUGUGCGUAGAGUAACAGUGGUCUAGGACUUUAUUGCCCCUAGUGGCGAAGGAGACCUGUUAAUGGAAGUUGGCAUUACGUGCCUUAACGAUUCUGAAUUAAAAUGAGGAAAGCAGCCUCCGGGUGUAUGGUUUCCUGCUUGUUUAUAGCCUCGUACAGUUUAAGUGCCAGCUUGUUGUUUUUAUUGUCCUGAGGUGGAAUAUAUACAGCAGUCAUGAUAACAGAUGAAAACUCUCUCAGUAGGUAGAAGGGUCGGCAUUUGACCAUCAGGUAUUCCAAGACGGGUGAACAAUGGGUGGAGACUUCCACUGCACUAGAGUCAGCACACAAUUUGUUGUUGAUGAAGAGGCUUACCCCUCCCCAUCUGGAUUUCCCUGAAUCCAAUGUCCUGUCCACUUGGUGGUUGGCGAAUCCAUCGAGUUGGAUAGCCAUGGGGGGUGUCUUGUCCGAAAGCCAUGUUUCAGAAAAGGCCAGAAUAUUGCGGUUAUGAGAGUCCCGUUGAUAGCAAAUCCGCUAUCGGAGGUCAGAGGUGGCCGGUUUACUAUUGGCCUUAAUCUCCCCAGCGCUCCCCACUCCUGCCUCUUUUUCGCCUGCGUUUCCUCUUGGAUAGCCCAAAAAUUGGGUCGGAAUUACACAAAGAGCCCAGGGCAGAUGAGUCGAUGUUGAAGCUGGAAUUGAGGUUAGUAACUGCCGAUCUGAGGUUCAGAAGUUCUUGUCGAUCAUAAGUAAAGAUAAUCGCUAAAGAUUCACAAAUGAGCAAAGUUGGGUCAGAGCUCGCAAGACAGCAGUCAUACAGUAAAACACCAUCUUCAACUUAAAGCACGUCACUGAUAUUCUAUAACAAUGCCUGACCACUGCAACAGUAGGCCCCAUUUGUUGUGCCAACAGGUGACUCGUGAUAAGCAAUCAUGUCCUCAUUCCUAUUGCUCUGUAUGUCCUACAGGGAGCUGUGCCAAAAGGGAAUGCCACUAAAGAGUACAUCGAGAGUCUUCAGCUGAAGCCGGGACAGGUGGUCUACAAGUGUCCCAAAUGCUGCAGCAUCAAGCCUGACCGGGCACACCACUGUAGGUAGGAUGACCCAGCAUACCACUGUAGGUAGGAUGACCCAGCACAUCACUGUAGGUAGGAUGACCCAGCACACCACUGUAGGUAGGAUGACCCAACACACCACUGUAGGUAGGAUGACCCAGCACACCACUGUAGGUAGGAUGACCCAGCACACCACUGUAGGUAGGAUGACCCAACACACCACUGUAGGUAGGAUGACCCAGCACACCACUGUAGGUAGGAUAACUUCUUCCUCUUCAUUGCCAGUUCCUUGGACAGGUCUGGGAAAAAAGACAGCCGGCGGCCUUCCCACUGAACGCCACCCUUUUCUUUCACCGCUUUAAGUACCUUGUCCCGGGCUGUAGACUGUAGAAAGCGGAUGUGAACUGUUCUCGGGGGCCCAUUCUUGUCAUGCAUGGGUUUGUUCAAUUUCGAAUUCGUGCCUGUCAUCAAAUCCAAAUCCUUCUGCGAUGAUUUUCUGCACACGAGAUUAGUCCACCGCUAGCCUCACUCCCCUCUUUCAGAUGAACCAAUCUCACCUUAUUUCUCCUACUUCUGUUCCACCGCCAGCCUCACUCCCCUCUUUCAGAUGAACCAAUCUCACCUUAUUUCUCCUACUUCUGUUCCAUCGCCAGCCUCACUCCCCUCUUUCAGAUGAACCAAUCUCACCUUAUUUCUCUACUUCUGUUCCUCCGCCAGCCUCACUCCCCUCUUUCAGAUGAACCAAUCUCACCUUAUUUCUCCUACUUCUGUUCCAUCGCCAGCCUCACUCCCCUCUUUCAGAUGAACCAAUCUCACCUUAUUUCUCCUACUUCUGUUCCUCCGCCAGCCUCACUCCCCUCUUUCAGAUGAACCAAUCUCACUGUAUUUCUCCUACUUCUGUUCUCAAGUUCUUCCACACGAUUCCACAAUAUGUCCAGCCUUUUCUGGUGAUUCUCAUUACCCUUCUCCAGACGGGAGACGGCAUCCUCCACUGUCGAAAUCCGUCCCUCUGCCCCCUCCAUCCUCUCUUGUAUCGCAUCAACUUUUUCCUUUAGCUCGGUAGUUGUUGUUUUUAUCGUGGAGACAUCAGAUGCAACAUCCAACAAAAUCGUGUUCAUCUUUCCCAUUUGCUCAAAUAGAUCCUUCAGAUUUACCAAUUUCUGUGGGUUUCCGUGUUUAUCCAUGUCUUGGUGGGGGGAUUUGGGAGUCAAUGUGGCCUUCUGUGAAUACCGCGUGUUAGGCUUGAAGAAGUGUGUCAACAUUCCAACAACGCCACUUUAGCAAGAUGUUUCAAAAUGUAUUAAGACACAAAUGAAAGUGUAUGCCGUUGAAUUUCAGUAUUUACAUGCGGAUGUUAGGAGCUCUCUAAAGUGCUGCCAUCUUUUUCGGUGGUCCCACGUGACUCUGCUGUGCACUUUGACUUUAGCACCACCAGUUACCUGAGGCAGACUGUCUGCUGAACACUUUGACUUUAGCACCACCAGUUACCUGAGGCAGACUGUCUGCUGAACACUUUGACUUUAGCACCACCAGUUACCUGAGGCAGACUGUCUGCUGAACACUUUGACUUUAGGACCACCAGUUACCUGAGGCAGACUGUCUGCUGAACACUUUGACUUUAGGACCACCAGUUACCUGAGGCAGACUGUCUGCUGAACACUUUGUCUUUAGGACCACCAGUUACCUGAGGCAGACUGUCUGCUGAACACUUUGACUUUAGGACCACCAGUUACCUGAGGCAGACUGUCUGCUGAACACUUUGACUUUAGGACCACCAGUUACCUGAGGCAGAAUGUCUCCAGAACAUUUUGACUUUAGGACCACCAGUUACCUGAGGCAGACUGUCUGCUGAACACUUUGUCUUUAGGACCACCAGUUACCUGAGGUAGACUGUCUGCUGAACACUUUGACUUUAGGAUCACCAGUUACCUUUUGGCAGACUGUCUGCUGAACACUUGACUUUAGCACAUCUUGCUGAGAAACAUGGGACUGUGUUGUUGUUAUUCAUUUGUUUUCCCCUCCAUACUAGUGUGUGCAAGCGCUGCAUACGGAAGAUGGACCACCACUGUCCCUGGGUGAACAACUGUGUGGGAGAGAACAACCAGAAGUACUUUGUUCUCUUCACAGUACGUACCGUUGCAUACUUUACAUACUGUAACAUUCCAUACUGUAGUUUACGUAUUCCGUAAGACACCAUUACACCUUCAGCCUGCUACAGUAACACAGACAAGUAGCAAAUGUAGCUUAUGGAUUUGCAAAUACACAUUUCCUAUUGGAAAGGUGUAGAUUAAGAUGUUUGGGUUGUCAAAUGCCCUGAAAGUGACUUACAGUUUGUGUGACUACGUUGACACUUGACACUGUCUUACCAUGAGUCUCUUUGUUCCAGAUGUACAUUGCACUCAUCUCUCUCCACUCUCUGGUGAUGGUGGUCUUCCACUUCCUCUACUGCUUUGAAGAUGAUUGGACAAGUAAGUCGUUUUGACCUUUUAAACCUGGCUGCUCAUUGGUUUGAUCUAGAUCUCAUUAUAACACAAAGAUUUUUCAAUCAGCUCCUCUCAACCCUAACGAUGGUCUCUGGUUAUGUGUUCUUAAUAAGUGUUUCAGAUGAGGCAAUACCACCCAUCUCAUGUGAAACUGUUCAAGUUACUCUACUAGUUGAUCUGCCUCUAGUAAAGUCAUAAAGGACAGUGCACUCCUUUUUAGUUUGACGUCCUAUACUUCCUGACACUCAGUAUUCCUUUUGGUCACUGGCACUGCACUGUGUACAGUAGUUCUGUUGGUCACUGGCACUGUGUACAGUAGUUCUGUUGGUCACUGGCACUGUGUACAGUAGUUCUGUUGGUCACUGGCACUGUGUACAGUAGUUCUGUUGGGCACUGCACUGUGUACAGUGGUUCUGUUGGUCACUGGCACUGUGUACAGUGGUUCUGUUGGUCACUGGCACUGUGUACAGUAGUUCUGUUGGGCACUGUGUACAGUAGUUCUGUUGGGCACUGGCACUGUGUACAGUGGUUCUGUUGGGCACUGGCACUGUGUACAGUGGUUCUGUUGGUCACUGGCACUGUGUACAGUAGUUCUGUUGGGCACUGUGUACAGUAGUUCUGUUGGGCACUGCACUGUGUACAGUGGUUCUGUUGGUCACUGGCACUGUGUACAGUGGUUCUGUUGGUCACUGGCACUGUGUACAGUAGUUCUGUUGGGCACUGUGUACAGUAGUUCUGUUGGGCACUGGCACUGUGUACAGUGGUUCUGUUGGUCACUGGCACUGUGUACAGUAGUUAUGUUGGGCACUGUGUACAGUAGUUCUGUUGGGCACUGGCACUGUGUACAGUGGUUCUGUUGGUCACUGGCACUGUGUACAGUGGUUCUGUUGGUCACUGGCACUGUGUACAGUGGUUCUGUUGGUCACUGGCACUGUGUACAGUGGUUCUGUUGGGCACUGGCACUGUGUACAGUAGUUCUGUUGGGCACUGUGUACAGUAGUUCUGUUGGGCACUGUGUACAGUAGUUCUGUUGGGCACUGUGUACAGUAGUUCUGUUGGGCACUGUGUACAGUGGUUCUGUUGGGCACUGGCACUGUGUACAGUAGUUCUGUUGGUCACUGGCACUGUGUACAGUAGUUCUGUUGGGUACUGUGUACAGUAGUUCUGUUGGGCACUGUACAGUAGUUAUGUUGGGCACUGUGUACAGUAGUUCUGUUGGGCACUGUGUACAGUAGUUCUGUUGGGCACUGGCACUGUGUACAGUAGUUCUGUUGGGCACUGGCACUGUGUACAGUAGUUCUGUUGGGCACUGUGUACAGUAGUUCUGUUGGGCACUGGCACUGUGUACAGUGGUUAUGUUGGUCACUGGCACUGUGUACAGUGGUUCUGUUGGUCACUGGCACUGUACAGUGGUUCUGUUGGGCACUGGCACUGUGUACAGUGGUUCUGUUGGGCACUGGCACUGUGUACAGUGGUUCUGUUGGGCACUGGCACUGUGUACAGUAGUUAUGUUGGGCACUGGCACUGUGUACAGUGGUUCUGUUGGGCACUGGCACUGUGUACAGUAGUUCUGUUGGUCACUGGCACUGUGUACAGUAGUUCUGUUGGGCACUGUACUGUGUACAGUAGUUCUGUUGGGCACUGUACUGUGUACAGUAGUUCUGUUGGGCACUGUACUGUGUACAGUAGUUCUGUUGGGCACUGUACUGUGUACAGUAGUUCUGUUGGGCACUGGCACUGUGUACAGUAGUUCUGUUGGUCACUGGCACUGUGUACAGUAGUUCUGUUGGUCACUGGCACUGUGUACAGUAGUUCUGUUGGUCACUGGCACUGUGUACAGUAGUUAUGUUGGUCACUGGCACUGUGUAUAGUGGUUCUGUUGGGCACUGGCACUGUGUACAGUAGUUCUGUUGGUCACUGGCACUGUGUACAGUAGUUCUGUUGGGCACUGGCACUGUGUACAGUAGUUCUGUUGGGCACUGGCACUGUGUACAGUAGUUCUGUUGGGCACUGUGUACAGUAGUUCUGUUGGGCACUAUGUACAGUAGUUCUGUUGGGCACUGUGUACAGUAGUUCUGUUGGGCACUGGCACUGUGUACAGUAGUUCUGUUGGGCACUGGCACUGUGUACAGUAGUUCUGUUGGGCACUGUGUACAGUAGUUCUGUUGGUCACUGGCACUGUGUACAGUGGUUCUGUUGGUCACUGGCACUGUGUACAGUGGUUCUGUUGGUCACUGGCACUGUGUACAGUAGUUCUGUUGGUCACUGGCACUGUGUACAGUAGUUCUGUUGGGCACUGUGUACAGUAGUUCUGUUGGUCACUGGCACUGUGUACAGUGGUUCUGUUGGGCACUGGCACUGUGUACAGUAGUUCUGUUGGUCACUGGCACUGUGUACAGUAGUUCUGUUGGGCACUGUACUGUGUACAGUAGUUCUGUUGGGCACUGUACUGUGUACAGUAGUUCUGUUGGGCACUGGCACUGUGUACAGUAGUUAUGUUGGUCACUGGCACUGUGUACAGUAGUUCUGUUGGUCACUGGCACUGUGUACAGUGGUUCUGUUGGGCACUGGCACUGUGUACAGUAGUUCUGUUGGGCACUGGCACUGUGUACAGUAGUUCUGUUGGGCACUGGCACUGUGUACAGUAGUUAUGUUGGUCACUGGCACUGUGUACAGUGGUUCUGUUGGGCACUGGCACUGUGUACAGUAGUUCUGUUGGUCACUGGCACUGUGUACAGUAGUUCUGUUGGGCACUGUACUGUGUACAGUAGUUCUGUUGGGUACUGUGUACAGUAGUUCUGUUGGGCACUGUGUACAGUAGUUCUGUUGGGCACUGGCACUGUGUACAGUGGUUCUGUUGGGCACUGGCACUGUGUACAGUGGUUCUGUUGGGCACUGGCACUGUGUACAGUGGUUCUGUUGGGCACUGGCACUGUGUACAGUGGUUCUGUUGGGCACUGGCACUGUGUACAGUAGUUGGUCACUGGCACUGUGUACAGUAGUUCUGUUGGUUACUGGCACUGUGUACAGUAGUUCUGUUGGUUACUGGCACUGUGUACAGUAGUUCUGUUGGUUACUGGCACUGUGUACAGUAGUUCUGUUGGUCACUGGCACUGUGUACAGUAGUUCUGUGAAGGUUGUUUGGAUCCAGCCGCUCAAAGGGAAUAUGGAGUAGCCUCGUUUCCACAUAGUCACUGCAGUAUUGCAGAGAUACACACUAUGUUGCUCAGUAAGUGUAUGACUGUCUGUGUGUGAUUCAACUCUGCAUGUUGUUCGUGCACUUUGAUGCUCACUCUUCUAUGCUGAGAAAUGUCAUUUCUAUUUAGCGUUUGUUCAUACCAUAAUUAUUUGUAAUGUGGAUGCAAUCAACAGUUAAAACCACUUGUCACACAAUGCAACAUUCUCAAUCUCAUACAAUCAAUAGAGGAGGUCCAUAAAGAUGGACACCCCAAUGUACUUACCACUAAUGCCUUGUUGGCUCAGUUCUCCGUAUUGUACGUUGCUCUCCGUUACUCGGCAUCACAGUAUACAUGAUCUCAGUUCUAGCUCCAAGACGCUGCCAAUUUGAAAAACCCCAAAAGUAGAUUGUGCUGAUUUAUUGGCACAUUGAACCAUGUCACGUGCCGUAGUUUAAAAACUGUAGGUAGUGCUAAAACAAUGAUGUCAUAUCUGAAUUCCGACAACUUUAUGCACCUUUGCCAUUGUUCCAGUCAUCUAUCUGAAAAGACUGAUGUACAAUAUGCUUAGCAUCCAGCAUAUAGCUGCCUAGACCACAUCAGCCCGUCUAGAAAUGUUGCUUUCACUGUGCUGUGAGUGUAAAUGUUCCCCUCCCUCCCUCCCCUCCCUCCUGAACUCCAACUCCCAGAGUGCAGUUCCUUCUCACCUCCUGCGACCGUCAUCCUCCUCAUCCUCCUGUGCUUUGAGGCCCUCCUCUUCCUCCUCUUCACCUCCGUGAUGUUCGGGACUCAGGUCCAUUCCAUCUGUACAGAUGAGACAGUAAGUAUUAGACCACCAUGCUCCUCUCUUCUGUCCUUCACCUCCUCUUCAUCAGACCUGGAUUAAAUAUGUAAUGUUAUGUCAAAUGCUUUAGGUGUGCUUUAUUUAGCUUGACUGAUGUGCAGGGUGGAGUUUGCACUCUUAUGACUAUUCCAUUGGCAUUUCAGCUGGGCCUAUUACAUUGGACAGGCAAACUUAAUCAAGUGCACCUCAAGUAUUUGACCUGUGUAUUUAAGCCAAGUCUGCUCCCCACUGCUGUUGCUUUGGUGCUUAUCUACUGUAUGUAUGACCUAUGAACCUUAACCUCUCUACAACAGCUUACCCACAAAGAGGUGAAUCCUAACUUCCACUUAGUAAAAUGUUCACUUAGUCUCCUGAAAAUUGGACUUAAGUGGAAGUUAGUGUCUAAGAGUGUAUAUAAAAGGCUCUGCUUGUAGUUGGAUCAUCUCCUUGUGGGAGUUAUGAGUCUAGUCUUGUUUCUACAGUAACAGUGAGUUUCCUAUAUAAAGGAAAUCUUCAACUUGAAACUUGAACAUAAAAUUCAGCCAAGGCUUGCAGAUGCUCUGUUGAGUUUACUGUCAGCAAGUAUGAAGAAACGUGUCCAUGUAUCUGUGUGAGAGGAUCAGUUUCCUCUAUUGUACCGUCAUAAACCAUGUAGUGAGUAGACUGUAGAUCUCUCUGUGAGAAAGGAUCAGUUUCCUCUGAUGGUUCUGUACCGUCAUAAACCAUGUAGUGAGUAGACUGUAGAUCUCUCUGUGAGAAAGGAUCAGUUUCCUCUGAUGGUUCUGUACCGUCAUAAACCAUGUAGUGAGUAGACUGUAGGUAUCUCUGUGAGAAAGGAUCAGUUUCCUCUGAUGGUUCUGUACCGUCAUAAACCAUGUAGUGAGUAGACUGUAGAUCUCUCUGUGAGAAAGGAUCAGUUUCCUCUGAUGGUUCUGUACCGUCAUAAACAAUGUAGUGAGUAGACUGUAGAUCUCUCUGUACAACGUUUAGUGCUUUAAAACUCUAACUAAACUAACUCUGCUUUCAUGCUCUAACAUCUUUUUGUCUGCAACUUCAGGCCUGAUUGUGUAGUUAGGGCUACUUUGUAUAGUUAGGGCUAGGUUUUAUAGUUAGGGCUAGGUUUUAUAGUUAGGGCUAGGUUGUAUAGUUGGGGCUAGGUUGUAUAGUUGGGGCUAGGUUGUAUAGUUGGGGCUAGGUUGUAUAGUUAGGGCUAGGUUGUAUAGUUGGGGCUAGGUUACAUAGUUAGGGCUAGGUUACAUAGUUAGGGCUAGGUUACAUAGUUAGGGCUAGGUUACAUAGUUAGGGCUAGGUUACAUAGUUAGGGCUAGGUUACAUAGUUAGGGCUAGGUUACAUAGUUAGGGCUAGGUUACAUAGUUAGGGCUAGGUUGUAUAGUUAGGGCUAGGUUACAUAGUUAGGGCUAGGUUGUAUAGUUAGGGCUAGGUUGUAUAGUUAGGGCUAGGUUGUAUAGUGUCCUGAGUGGCGCAGUGGUCUAAGGCACUGCAUCGCAGUGCUAACUGUGCCACUAGAUCCUGGUUCGAAUCCAGGCUCUGUCGCAGCCUGCCGCGACCGGGAGACUCAUGGGCGGCGCACAAUUGGCCCAGCGUCGUCCAGGGUAGGGGAGGGAAUGGCCGGCAGGGAUGUAGCUUAGUUGAUAGAGCAUGGCGUUUGCAACGCCAGGGUUGUGGGUUCGAUUCCCACGGGGGGCCAGUAUAUAUAAAAAAAUGUAUUCACUAACUGUAAGUCGCUCUGGAUAAGAGCGUCUGCUAAAUGACGUAAAAUGUAAAUAGUUAGGGCUAGCUUGUAUAGUUAGGGCUAGGUUACAUAGUUAGGGCUAGGUUACAUAGUUAGGGCUAGGUUGUAUUCCUAGAAAUAGACAACAUGUCUGGCUGUAUUCUCUCUCAUGGAGCCUCAGAAGUGGGGAAUGAUGUUCAUUAGACCUCAGUGUACAGUGUAUUUACAUUUAGUCAAUACAGUGCAUUCGGAAAGUGUUCAGACCCCUUGACUUUUUCCACAUUUUGUUACGUUACAAUGGAUUAAAUUAUUUGUUUUCCUCAUAAACCCCCCCCCCCCCAACAGAAAUACCUUAUUACAUAAGUAUUCAGACCCUUUGCUAUGAGCCUCGAAAUUGAGCUCAGGUGCAUCCUGUUUCCAUUGAACAUCCUUGAUGUUACUACAACUUGAUUGGAGUCCACCUGUGGUAAAUUCAAUCGCUUGGACAUGAUUUGGAAAGGCACACACCUGUCUAUAUAAGGUCCCACAGUUGACAGUGCAUGUCAGAGCAAAAACCAAGCCAUGAGGUCGAAGGAAUUGUCCGUAGAGCUCCGAGACAGGAUUGUGUCGAGGCACAGAUCUGGGGAAGGGUACAAAAACCUUUCUGCAGCAUUGAAGGUCCCCAAGAACACAGUGGCCUCCAUCAUUCUUAAAUGGAAGAAGUUUGGAACCACCAAGACUCUUCCUAGAGCUGGCCGCCAGGCCAAACUGAGUAAUCGGGGGAGAAGGGCCUUGGUCAGGGAGGUGACCAAGAACCCAAUGGUCACUCUGACAGAGCUCCAGAGUUCCUCUGUGGAGAUGGGACAACCUUCCAGAAGGACAACCAUCUCUGCAGGACUCCACCAAUCAGGCCCGUAUGGUAGAGUGGCCAGACGGAAGCCAUUCCUCAGUAAAAGGCACAUGACAGCCCACUUGGCGUUUGCCAAAAGGCACCUAAAGACUCUCAGACCAUGAGAAACAAGAUUCUCUGGUCUGAUGAAACAAAGAUUGAACUCUUUGGCCUAAAUGCCAAGCGUCACGUCUGGAGGAAACCUGGCACCAUCCCUAUGGUGAAGCAUGGUGGUGGCAGCAUCAUGCAGUGGGGAUAUUUUUCAGCGGUAGGGACUGGGAGACUAGUCAGGAUCGAGGGAAAGAUUAACGGAGCAAAGUACAGAGAGAUCCUUGAUGAAAACCUGUUCCAGAGCGCUCAGGACCUCAGACUGGGGCGAAGGUUCACCUUCCAACAGGACAACGACCCUAAGCACACAGCCAAGACAACGCAGGAGUGGCUUAGGGACAAGUCUCUGAAUGUCCUUGAGUGGCCAGAGCCUGGACUUGAACAUGAUCGAACAUCUCUGGAGAGACCUGAAAAUAGCUGUGCAGCGACACUCCCCAUCCAACCUGACAGAGCUUCAGAGGAUCUGCAGAGAAGAAUGGGAGAAACUCCCCAAAUACAGGUGUGCCAAGCUUUGUAGUGUGAUACCCAAGAAGACUCGAGGGUGGAAACGCUGCCAAAGGUGCUUCAACAAAGUACUAAGUAAAGGGUCUGAAUACUUAUGUAAAUGUGAUAUUUCAGUUUUUAUUUUAUUUCUUGGGGAGAAAAUUCUAAAAACCUGUUUUUGCUUUGUCAUUAUGGGGUAUUGUGUUUAGAUUGAUGAGAAAAAAAACUAUUUAAUUCAUUUUAGAAUAACGCUGUAACGUAACAAAAUGUGGAAAAGUCAAGGGGUCUGAAUGCUUUCCGAAUGCACUGUACAUUAGUCUAUGGACAUUUAGUCAACACAUUAGUCUAUGGACAUUUAGUCAGUACAUUAGUCUAUGGACAUUUAGUCAGUACAUUAGUCUAUGGACAUUUAGUCAACGUAUUAGUCUAUGGACAUUUAGUCAACAUAUUAGUCUAUGGACAUUUAGUCAACGUAUUAGUCUAUGAACAUUUAGUCAAUGUAUUAGUCUAUGUACAUUUAGUCAGUACAUUAGUCUAUGAACAUUUAGUCAACGUAUUAGUCUAUGGACAUUUAGUCAACGUAUUAGUCUAUGGACAUUUAGUCAACGUAUUAGUCUAUGGACAUUUAGUCAGUACAUUAGUCUAUGGACAUUUAGUCAACGUAUUAGUCUAUGGACAUUUAGUCAACGUAUUAGUCUAUGGACAUUUAGUCAACCAUUUAUCUAUGGACAUUUAGUCAGUACAUUAGUCUAUGGACACUUAGUCAGUACAUUAGUCUAUGAACAUUUAGUCAACGUAUUAGUCUAUGGACAUUUAGUCAACGUAUUAGUCUAUGGACAUUUAGUCAACGCAUUAGUCUAUGGACAUUUAGUCAACGCAUUAGUCUAUGGACAUUUAGUCAACGUAUUAGUCUAUGGACAUUUAGUCAACGUAUUAGUCUAUGGACAUUUAGUCAACGUAUUAGUCUAUGGACAUUUAGUCAACGUAUUAGUCUAUGUACAUUUAGUCAACGUAUUAGUCUAUGGACAUUUAGUCAACGUAUUAGUCUAUGGACAUUUAGUCAACGUAUUAGUCUAUGGACAUUUAGUCAACGUAUUAGUCCAUGGACAUUUAGUCAACGUAUUAGUCUAUGGACAUUUAGUCAGCACAUUAGUCUAUGGACAUUUAGUCAGCACAUUAGUCUAUGGACAUUUAGUCAACGUAUUAGUCUAUGGACAUUUAGUCAACGUAUUAGUCUAUGGACAUUUAGUCAACGUAUUAGUCUAUGUACAUUUAGUCAACGUAUUAGUCUAUGGACAUUUAGUCAACGUAUUAGUCUAUGGACAUUUAGUCAACGUAUUAGUCUAUGGACAUUUAGUCAACGUAUUAGUCCAUGGACAUUUAGUCAACGUAUUAGUCUAUGGACAUUUAGUCAGUACAUUAGUCUAUGGACAUUUAGUCAACGUAUUAGUCUAUGGACAUUUAGUCAACGUAUUAGUCUAUGUACAUUUAGUCAACGUAUUAGUCUAUGGACAUUUAGUCAACGUAUUAGUCUAUGGACAUUUAGUCAACGUAUUAGUCUAUGGACAUUUAGUCAACGUAUUAGUCCAUGGACAUUUAGUCAACGUAUUAGUCUAUGGACAUUUAGUCAGCACAUUAGUCUAUGGACAUUUAGUCAGCACAUUAGUCUAUGGACAUUUAGUCAGCACAUUAGUCUAUGGACAUUUAGUCUGUCUGUGCUCAGGUAGUCAUAGCUUAAGCCACGUCCUGACUUUAGAGUGAAAGAGGUUUUAAAUCAAAAGGAAAAAGCAAAGGGGGUCCUGUGAUUCGUCAGUUAGAAUAACAGUCAGGGAGGAAGUAGUUUGAUUGGUUCACAGUACACACACAGUACACUGAAGUUUGGUUGUCUCUCGUUUUCAGGGCAUAGAACAGUUGAAAAAGGAGGAGAGAAGAUGGGCUAAAAAAACUAAGUGGAUGAACAUGAAGGCGGUAUUUGGACACCCCUUCUCCAUGUUCUGGUUUAUCCCGUUGACCCGACCUGGGAGGGCCCAUGGGAAGGCUGAAUCCUACCAGUAUGUGGUCUGA